CCCCUGGUGGUGGGUCUGGCCCUGGCGGGGAGGAGCCAAGCCCAGCCCCGCCUGCUCUCCUUGUAGGUGCUGAGGAUCCUGGAGAAGCGCGGGCCCCGGAUGGCCCCGGGGGCUGCUGACGACCUGAGUGCCGUGCGCAACAACACCUACCAGAUGGUGACCCUGCUGGCGGAGGAGCGCCCGCGUGCCGAGAUGGCCAUGGGGCCCAUCUUGGAGUUUGCGGUGUCGGAGAACGUGCUGGAGCACCUGCUGGGGUGGCACCUGCAGCGGGACGUCCCCGAGGAGCGCAAGGUGGAGCUGCUGAAGCUGUUCGAGAUGCUGAUCAGCCAGUCGCAUCAGCCGCUGCUGCGCCACAAGGCCGUGCUGGCGCCUCUGCGGCGGCUGCUGGGCCUGUGUGCCGAGCCGGCCUCGCCCCUCCUGGAGAACAACCUGGUGCUGCUGCUGAACCAGCUGUGCGUCUCCGUGGCCCGGGACCCCCCGCUGCUGGAGCUCUUCUUCCACAGCCCCACGGAGCAGGCCCCGCCCAACCUGCUCCUGUUCUCCCUGCUCAUCCCCUUCAUCCACCACGAGGGGGUCGUGGGCCAGCAGGCGCGUGACGCGCUGCUCCUCCUCAUGGCGAUGUCAGCCGGCAGCCACACCGUCGCGCGGUACAUCACAGAGCACUCCUACUUCUGCCCGGUCCUGGCCACGGGGCUGAGCGCCCUCUACUCCUCCCUGCCCCGCAAACUGGAAGUCCGAGGGGACGACUGGCAUUUCUUGCGCCGCGAGGACUGGAUCGGGGUCCCUUCGCUCGUCCUCUUCAUGAACUCGCUGGAGUUCUGCAACGCAGUCAUCCAGGUGGCCCACCCCCUGGUCCAGAAGCAGCUGGUGGAUUACAUCCAUAACGGGUUCCUGGUGCCAGUUAUGGGCCCGGCUUUGCACAAGACGUCCAUCGAGGAAAUGAUCGCCAGCACGGCCUACUUGGACCUCUUCCUGCGCAGCGUCAGCGAGACGGCCCUGCUGAAGACCUUCUUGCGUUUCCUGCUGCUCCACCGCCACGACAGCAGCACCAUCCUCGACACGCUGGUGGCGCGGAUCGCCAGCAAUUCCCGGCUCUGCAUGGUCUCCCUCAGCCUCUUCCGGACUUUGAUCGGCCUCCACUGCGAGGACGUCUUGCUGCAGCUGGUGCUGAGGUACCUGAUCCCCUGCAGCCACGUCAUGCUGAGCCAGAAGCGGGCAGUCAAGGAGUUGGACCUGUACGGCAAGGCCGCUGCCAAAUUCCUCUCGCUGAUCCCCCGCUGCUGCUGCCCGGAGAGCCUGCCCGCGCCUGAGCGGGAGGAGGAACGUGCCACCUGGUCCAAAGGCCAGGGCAGCCCCAGCGUGGACUCCUCCUCCGUGGUGACCCUCCCCAGGCCCUCCACGCCGUCUCGCAUCUCCUUCUUCACCCGCCAGUCCAGUGUCAGCACUGAGGCCCCGAGUCCCACGCCCCGGUCUCCAGGGACGCCCACUGGGAGCCCCGGUCACCGUCCUGGGAGAUGGGAGGAGGUCUCGGAAUUGGAAGGGAACUACCUGGAAUACCUGAGGGAUGCGCGGCUCAACAUCGACCACUGCGUCUGGGCCUGCCGCGUCUGGUCGGCCCCCUACGAUGGGGAGGAGCCUGGUGCCGGCAGCUUAGCUCCGCCUCCGGACGCCGCCUCGGCAGCCAACGCGUCCGUCCACCCCAGGGCUGGCCCGCUGGACCCUGCGCCCGCCUCCCCCCGGACUAAAAGGCGGGGGCAAAGCCUAGAAGAGGCCCCUGUCAGCCUGCCGCCCAGCACUCCCCCACCUCCGGACACCAAAGACAAGAGCGCGCUGCUUAACGGGGCCCACGUGGACACGGGCUUCAAGAAGGUCCGCUGGUGCCCCCAGGAGAGCCCGUUGGAGAACGGCUCGGUCCCGGCCCCCGGCCCUUGGGAGAGCACGCCCUGCCUGGACUUGCUUGCGGACGAGGUGCUGAGCCAGGCCCCCCUGGAGAACGGAGGGCCGUUAGCGGUUGAGAAGUUCCACCUGGAGCUGUGCCAGCUGGAAGACGAGAUGGCGAAUGGGGGCCAAGCCGAGGAAGCCGCUGUGUCAGGCCCCCCCGCCCAGCCCGACCCACUCUCCCACGAGGAAGAGGAGGCCUACUGCCACUUUUCCUCCUACCCCGAGGGCACCGCAGCAGCCCAGCCAGCUGACCCCCUGGCCCAGAUCAUCAGCAGCCCUCCCCGGACCUCGGGGCAGCCUCCCAGCCAGCCGUUCACCGGCCCCUUCCUGGGCAUCCUCUUGGCCAAGCUGGAGAACAUGCUGCAGAAUUCCCUCUACGUGAACUUCCUGCUCACGGGGCUCCUCGCUCAGCUGGCCUGCUACCCACAGCCCCUCCUGCGCUCCUUCCUGCUCAACACCAACAUGGUCUUCCAGCCCAGCGUCAAAUCCCUCCUCCAGGUCCUGGGCUCCGUGAAGAACAAAAUCGAGGGCUUUGCAGCCAGCCAGGAGGACUUCCCAUCUCUGCUGUUCAAGGCCAAGAGGUUCCUGAUUGCGCGUGGCAAGCCGGACUGCUCCGACGCCCCGAACAGCGUGCCCUCCCUGCGCCGCUCCGAGGCCCUUGAGCCGGAAGCCGACCAUCGGGGAGCUGAUCAUGCGUCACACCAACAGCCCGACGCGGGCGCGCCAGGCCGCCCAGCUGGCCCUCCAGCACGUGCGCGAGGGCCAGGUGCUGCAGGCCCUGUCGGGGGGCGCCCUCUUCCGCAGCUCCGCAGAGAAGCAGGGCGAGGCCCUGCGGGUGAAGAACGCCGUCUACUGCGCGGUCAUCUUCAGCGAGUUCCUCAAGGAGUUGGCUGCCAUUGCCCAGGCUCACGCCGUCACCUCGCCCUUCCUGCUGGAGCCCCCGGUGGAGUGACAGUCUGGGGUGCCCUCGCCCUGGCAUCUCACCGCCCCGGCUUCGCCUGCCGGGCCCGCUGGGGCGGGGUGCGGUGCCCUGCAGGGAGGCCCCCCUUUUUAAAGCUCCUUACCAGGACAUGGACCUUUUUAAUUUAUUGGGAAUGAAUGUUUUUUUCUGGAGAACUUGUUUGU